AUGCUGGACGGGCUGAAGAUGGAGGAGAGUUUGCAGAGCGCCCUGGAUCCCGCGGCCCCUUUCUCCUCGCUGCUGGGCAGAGCCGCGACCCCCAAGUCGGUGUGUGAAGGGUGUCAGCGAGUGAUUUCGGACCGGUUCUUGCUGCGCCUGAACGACAGCCUGUGGCACGAGCAGUGCGUCCAGUGCGCGUCCUGCAAGGAGCCCCUGCAGACCACCUGCUUCUACCGCGACAAGAAGCUCUACUGCAAGCUGGACUACGAGAAGCUGUUUGCAGUGAAGUGUGCCGGGUGCCUGGAGGCCAUCGCGCCCAGCGAGCUGGUGAUGCGUGCCCAGAAGAGCGUCUACCACCUGCGCUGCUUCUGCUGCUGCGUCUGCGAGCGGCGCCUGCAGAAGGGCGACGAGUUUGUGCUGAAGGAGGGGCAGCUCCUCUGUAAGGGCGACUACGAGAAGGAGCGGGAGCUGCUGAGCUUGGUGAGCCCGGCUCUGUCGGAUUCUGGCAAAAGUGACGAUGAGGACAGCAUCUGCAAACUGGGCCAAGCCUCGGGGAAGGGCGCUGAGGAUGGGAAGGAUCACAAACGGCCCAAGCGGCCCCGGACAAUCCUGACCACGCAGCAGCGGAGGGCGUUCAAGGCAUCCUUUGAGGUCUCCUCCAAGCCCUGCAGGAAGGUGCGGGAGACGCUGGCAGCAGAGACAGGGCUGAGCGUCCGGGUGGUGCAGGUCUGGUUCCAGAACCAGCGAGCAAAGAUGAAGAAGCUUGCCAGGAGGCAGCAGCAGCAGCAGCAGGAUCAGCAAAACACACAGCGCCUGAGCUCAGGCCAGACAAACGGUGGUGGCAGCACAGGGCUGGAGGGGAUGCUGAACCCUUACACCACUCUGCCCCCGCCCCAGCAGCUGCUGGGCAUGGAGCAAAGCGUCUACGGCUCCGACCCUUUCCGGCAAGGGCUCACCCCACCUCAAAUGCCUGGAGACCACAUGCAUCCCUACGGUGCCGAGCCCCUCUUCCACGACUUGGAUAGCGAUGAUACCUCACUGAGCAACCUGGGUGACUGCUUCCUCGCCACGGCGGACGCGGGGCCACUCCAGGCACGAGUGGGAAACCCCAUCGACCACCUCUACUCCAUGCAGAACUCCUACUUCACUUCCUGAGUGCAGCGUGGUCCCUGGCACGGGGCAGUUGC